CGAAAUUACAAAAUGAAAAUUGAAUGUCCAUAGGGCUUUACCUAGGCACUUUUAUCAUAGGCACUGUUGCAAUAAGAGUUUGAAACGCACUGGCAAAUGAAAUUGCAUAGUACCAUGCGCGCGCCGUCCCAAAAACCCUAUGACGUAUCUCCUAAAAUCCCUGCCUAGACAUUCUCCGACCAUAGCCAUUUCGCCAGCUCAUUCCACACAUAAAUCAUGCCCAACUACUUGAGUGAAGGUCGCAGGUCGAUAUUUCUGUUCAAAAUCCCCAACCCAUUCAAGUUCCUCGGUGAUAAGCAGAGAGCUAUUGGUGUUUAUGCUGCUGGUGCUUUUUUCGCAAUAGGCUGGUGGGCAUUCAUCGAUGCUAUUACACUGGCUUCAAGAGAUCCAUUCAAGCAAGUCAGCAUCGGUUUCGAAGACUGGAUUUCGGGUAUCCUUACUACCCUUGGCAUGAUUGUGAUCAAUCUGAUUGACAAAUCGAGCUUGCAUGGAGAUACGUUCUCUUAUUCUGGUGAUAGCUUGGUAUGGAAAGCGAGGCUGUUCCUCUUUGUGGGAUUUGCCCUUAUUGCCGGCGGCCUUGCUGGUUCUGUGUGUGUUUUGAUCCUCAAGUACAUUGUACCCGAAGUGCCUGAAUCAGAAUUAUACUAUGGCAUUGGCCAAGUCGCACAGUGUGGGUUCAUUAUGUUAAGUACUGUGAUUUUAUGGAUUGCACAAAAUACCCAAGAGGAGUACCAGUACAACUUUAUGCUGUAGGGUCGGCGGUUAAGACUUUUUUUUUUCCCCAUUUUCUACCUCGUGCUUAGGCUGCUGUUCCAUGUGUUUUGGAAUAAUAUUUUAUUGUAAUUA